AAUGAGUGAAAACAAAAUUAUUUUAUAUGAUGAGCCCUCAUUUGGAGGUCUGAGCUUAGAACUCACCAAGUCUCAGACUAAAUUGGCUCGUCAAAAUUUUUCAAAGGCUGCUUCCUCUCUGCGUGUGAUUGGCCAGCCAUGGGUCGCUUAUACUCAAAACAACUAUGAGGGUGAAGCCCGUGUGUAUGAGGAGGGCAAUUACAGUAAUAUUGAUGUUGACAACAAAAUCAUGUCUUUAUAUCUCAUCCUUUCAAAUCUGGGGACCCCAUUUAUCAAGCUCUUUGAAGGAGAAGGGUUGACUGGCAAGUCCAUUGAUGUGCAGGAUGCAGCUAUUCUGAACUUUGGUAAACUAGAAAAUGGAGCUUCCUCUUGGCAGGUGCUCAGUGGUGCCUGGAAAAUAUGCGAUGAAGUGAAGGAUAACCCCAGAUACAAGGUAUCAUCCGUUGGAGAUAUGGCUUUACGUUACUCUGAAAUAGGCUUGAGUCACUCAGCGUUAAGUGUUUAUCCUCUAUUGCCUGGGAAGCCUAAAUUUACAACAAAUGUCCAGUGGGACAGAAAGAAGGAGCUCAGUAACCGUGUUAGCCAACUAGAUGAGAUCAUUAUUGUUAAUAAGUCUAAGCAUGAACAGGAUUUCAGCCACAGUUCAGGGCGGGACUAUACCUCCAGCCUUGAAGUUGAAAUGAAAUUUAGCAAUGAAACUUCUAUUGAGUUGGGAACAAGCUUUAAAGUUCCUGUGAUUGGUGAACUGAGUACCACUUUGACCCAAACCAUAUCCAUAGAGAAAGGAAAAACUGAGAGCAAGUCUACCACUGUCACCAACAAAGUGAAAAUUCCUGUGACGGUUCCAGGAAAUACUAAAGUCACCAUCAAUGUCAUGAGAAGGGACAUCAGCUACUCUGUCCCAGUAGAAAUAAUUAUAGAAAGAAACAAGUUGAGGAAGACAGAAUAUGCUGAGCUUAUAUGCAGAGAUGGUACAGAUGUGCACAUCUCCCGAAAUGAUGAGGCUGUUUAAUCCUAAAACUCCAAAGCAACAGGAGACAUAAGAUAGUGGUCUGAUCUUUAUUACUGGCAAUAGAAGACAUGUCCACAACAGAUUGUGCUAACUCUUCACAUUAUAAAUAGCUGCCACUACAACACCUUAAGUCUUGUAUCAGUUAAUACCAUACUGGGGCUGAACUCACUGAACAAUCAAAAGAAAAAGGACAGAGCUCUCCAGCACUGUGAGAUCUAUCUCAUUUCUGUAUCUGAAAGGAGAGACAAGCCCAGUGCAAUACAGCACUGCAUGCUAUGAGAGUUUUGUUACACUUACACUUUGUGCUUUGUAUUUUAUAUUACUUUACACUUCAGAUUGGGUCCUUUCAUUAUUAUUACAUUUAAACUUUGCACUUACUCUUUAAUAUUUUAUUACAUUUAGAUUUAGAUCCAGAAGUGAUUUACAAAUUCUGAUUAUGUUGCUAUGUUACUUUAACAAAUUACAAUUAUACUUUGUAUAUUUCUCUGUAUCAUUUACAACUUACAUUGGACAUUCUAUUUGCCCCAAUGUAAACUAAAACUGACAGUUUCAGAAAGUGGGAGGGACAGGAGAAUCCCAGGGUAUGUCUGGAGCUCUCACAAUUAUUGUGAAAUGCUAUAAGCAGUUUUUAACAGCAGAUUUCACUGAUUUAUCUUUUGCAAGCUGUAUGCAGGUGAUGUUUGCUCAAAAUCCACAACACACUUAUUUAACUGACAGAAAAGUAAUAUAUACUAAACUAGAGACAUUAGUAAUUAAUGCAAACUGAGCCGUUAUAUCAGUGCCAGUGGUUCUCCUGUUUAUUUAUCUCUCCCAUGUGAAAUUUUGUAUCCCAGAGAGCUUCAUUACUUUCAAUGGAAGGCAUCUCUCAUCUCUAUGGGACUUCCAGGCUCCACCCUUUUUCUUAUAGAAUUCAGUGAGUUCAGCCCCUGUGAAUUCUGCACUAUAAUUUCUCUCAAAACUAAAGAACCUUUGCUUAGUGGGCCCAUAGAAAGUAAUGUCGCUCUCUGGGAAAAUGAAGCUGUCGUUUUUCAGUUUUAUUUUAAAUGGAAUAAGAACAAACGGCAACUUAAUUUGUAAAAGAUACACAUAAAUAUACAAAGUACGAUCCUAGUUUGUUAAAGUUACACAGAAACUGUGAAAGCUUAAUCAGAAUUUGGAAAAUCCUAAAUAAACUGCUGUAUACAAACUAAAAUACAAUAUAUAAAAAGCGCAAAGAGUAAAUGUAAUAAAACUUAGUCGGAAGUGUAAAGUGAUAUAAAAUAAAAAAAAACACAAAGUAUAAAUGCAGCAGAAUUGUCACGUCAUGACAGCACUGGGCUUGUCUCUCCAUCACAAACAGAAAUGCAAGGAAUGUCCCUUGGAGAAGUAAAGCAAAAUCUGCCUUUUAAGAAUUUCACUGGGAAUCUCACAGGAGGAUCAUUCUAGAUCAUCUCACCUAAGCGGUGAUGUAUGCCAUCAACAUACCCAAUAGCCCUCUAUCUGUACAUAAACCUAUACAAAUAUGUAUAGUCUCCUUGUGGUGCAUUUAACAGGUCAAACAGAUGGGAUUAAGCUAUAACUAGCGUUCUGUUACAUACAGAACUCAUUUUGCCUUACACACAGCAAGUGACCAGCUAAUAUUAUUUAUUCCUGGCUAUGAUACUGAGAUUAUGCUAAUACAAUCAUAUAUGUUACAUGGGAUAAAAAUGUGAUCACAAAAAAGCAGAUACAUAAAUAAAAUAUAUAUUUAAACUGGA